AUGUUGGCAAAGUGUUGUCCGCACAUCGGUACACCACCACUCUCUCACUCUUCAACUUGGCCGAAGAAGAACGCUCUGAAACUGGGUUUAUACAAGAAAAUAAACUCGAGAGAGCCCUGA